GAAUGGAAUUUGGAAGUCGCUCAGUCAUUCGACGUACUAACAAAAAACAAGAUACUUCUAACGUUUUACAAGAUUCAAGUAACAUCCAACAUGUAACAAUUGUGGUAGACGAAACUGAUAAUUACAAUUUGAGUUUUUACAACCAGCCACCUUCUGAAGUUAUAACUGUUGAAGAAUUUCAAAAAUUGGGAAUGGAGAGAAUGAAUGUCUUACGAGAAUUGGAGUCGUUAAAAGAAAAAUAUGCAGCAGAUCCCAGAAAAUAUAUGGAACAAUUUAUUGAGGAAGUUGGACGAAUUGAGCCGUUUUUCACCAAUGGAUUGCUUUCUAGCCAGCUCCGUGAAGCGCGUCGAAAAGAUAGAAUAGCUCAUUUUAUAUUACGCCUUGCAUUUUGCCAAUCUCAAGAAAUGUCUCAAUGGUUUGUUAAACAGGAAACUGAAUUAUUUCGAAUGAGAUUUCAAUUAGAAGCUCCAAGUAAAAUGUUACAAUUUUUAAAAGCAAACAAUAUAAAUCCACAAGAGGUGAACGAAAAUGAAAAAAGUAAAAUGCUGAAAGAUCUCUCUCAAGCUCUUACAAUACCUCAAGAUUCUUUACCCAAAUCGGCUAUAUUUAAAGUUUGUUUAAUAUUCUUUUUUAUAAUUUUUUUCACUUUUUUGGUGAACUGUUGGGAUGUUAUUGACCUUUUUGCCGGUCAUCGUCUCUAUCUCAAAGAGGGUCUUGCAUAUAUUAGCAGUAAUGAAUUGAUCUCUUUGGUGGCACCACAAUUUAAAGAAAAUAUUAAUUCGUCACUUGAUAAUGCUCGCAAAAAAGUUGGUGCAAUUUUGAUGCAACAAAGAUUAGUUCCGUUGUUGAGACAUAUUGUUGGCACUGGUAUUUCUAAACUUGGAAAUCGGGAUCAGAGCUCUGGUUCUUCUGUCGCUCCAGAAGAUUUAGAUACUUUAGCUAUUGAAUCAUUUCCACUUUGCAUGCAAGAAAUUCAUUCUCAUUUACGUAAAGAACAUCACCUUCGGUACAAUGCUCGUAAUCAAUAUGGUCUUUUCUUAAAGGGGAUUGGGCUUUCAUUGGAAGGAGCACUCGAUUUUUUCCGUUCCGAGUUUACAAAGAGAAUGGACGGUGAUCAAUUCACUAAACAAUAUCGCUACAAUAUUCGUCAUAUGUAUGGAAUGGAAGGAAAUAGAAUUGACAAAAAGCCGCUUUCAUGUUCUUCAAUAAUUCUUGGAGCAGCGCCAAAUGGAAUAGAUUGUCAUGGAUGUCCUUUUAGACAUAUGGAAUCUGAAUUAUUAACUAAAAAAUUAAAUAAUAUUGGAUUUAAUGAGGAUCAAGUUGCAGAAAUAAUGUAUUCCUCAAAAUGUCAUCGUUAUGAUAAAGCAUGUACAAAAUAUUUUGAAUUUGUGCAUAAAAUCCCAGACUUGGAAGAAUUGAUAACACAUCCAAAUCAAUAUUAUUCUUUAUCCAGAAAAGCUCGCAGAGGUGAAUUAAUAAUUAAAAAUGAGGAAGUAGUAGAUGAAGAAAUUCCGGAAAUAAACGAUAAUCUAGAGGAAAUGGAAAUGUGGGAAGAAGAAUAA